AUGAGAUCUUUACCACCACCAAGAAAAUCCAAAGCAAGAGCAUUUAGAAGAUUAUUACAUAAACUAUACAAGAUUUUAACAUUACAAUUUCUUCUCAAGAGUCAAAAGGGUAUUGUUGUUCGGAAAAGGAGAACACCAUUCCAUUUCACAAGUAGGAAAUAUAAAGUUAAACUGCCCAAAAAUAGACGUUAUAGAUCAAAUUAUAAUUGGUUUAAAAAAUCAAAAUAUCAUCGUCGUGGUAUACCAAUUUCACAAAUUGCAUUAGGUGAAGACAAUUUACUGGAUGAUAAUGGUAAUGGGGUUUCAAUACAACAAGUUCAAUUUAGAUCUUAUAGAAGAAGACAUGGGUUAUCCAGAGCUGAUCGGAAAGUUUUAAGACGUUUAUUUAAAAAGAUGAUUUAUAAAAUGUAUGCACCAAGACGACAUAGAAAUAUGAAAAAUUUGAAUAUAGUUGUGGAUAUUUGA